CUUCGUUGAUCAGCGUAAAACGUUCACAUUGCGUCAUCCGCCAAACAGGAACCAUGAGUACCGCGCCUACUGUGAUUCCAGCUGUCCCUGAAUGCGACUUUGAAAUGGGCGCUAGAAAACCGAAGCAUCGGGCGGCCAGACGGCAAGUUAGCGAACGGACUUUCCUUGGUAGGAACCUCACCACCUGGCAACCCUCAUCUGCCUUGCUACGCAAAGAGUUCCUGAAUAUCAUGUUCAUUACGGCUGCUGUAUUCACCAUCACCGGUGCUGUGGUCGCUGUGCGGUCCGCCUUCGGGUCAGAGUCUGAGGAGGCCUGGGCAGUUCCCAUGGAGGAUGACCUGCAAGCGGGAAGGAAGCGGAUUUACUGCUUCUUCAACCAUAGCGCGUACCGAAGGCCGGAGCCUAUGACCUUCACGGUGGACAACGUUCAGGUGGAACACUGUGACGACAUCGUCUACACUUUCCUCGGGAUCGACCCUGCUGCCGCUAAUAUCAUCAGCAAGGACCCAAAGUACGACGUCCAUCUGGAAGGCAUCCGCAGGUUCGCCAAGCUUCGCGAACGGGAUGUCAGCCUGGUUAUCUGGGCUGCCCUGGGAGGAAGCCGCACCGACAACGACGCUUUCAACAAGAUCGCCAGUGUCCGUCGAAGCAGGGUAGAGUUCGCAGAAAACUCUGCGAGGUGGCUUCAGCAAUACGGUUACGACGGGAUAAUACUCUACUGGAUAUAUCCUUUGGGGGACACAGAAAGAUCAAACUUCGGCAGCCUGAUUAAGUCCGUCAAGAAGCGUCUGUCAGCAGAAGGCCUCAGGUUAGCCGUUGUCGUGCCUGGAGACAAGACACUUAGAAAGGCUGGCUUCGACGUUCGAGAAUUAGCUCAGACAGUCGACGUGAUCUUCGUUGACACUCACCGCACGGUUGACCCCAGCACGUUCCCGGUGACGACGUUUUUCAGUCCUCUUCGCGUGAAGACUCAGGCAAAGCGCCUGGGGCAGACGGGGUUGUCGUACGUUCUGGGCGAUCUGUCCGUCGAGGUUAACCAGAUGGAGAAGGUGGUCUUUGGACUGACCCUCGCUGGUGUCACGUUCACUCUUAAGGAUCCUAGCAAGAAUAAGGCCGGGGACCCAGUGAAAGGUCCAGGAAACCCCGGUGUAUUCACCAAGGAGCCAGGUCUGUUGGGCCACUUCGAAAUCGAUCAGCUUCUGGCGCACGAUCUGAGCUGGUCCCGACAAUUCGACCGCGUAAGCCAGUGUCCAUACUUGGUGAGCGGAGACCAGUGGGUGGGCUUCGAAGACGACGUCUCACUACAGAGCAAGUCGCACCUGGUCCUGUUCACCGGGGGCAUAGCCGUGUGGGACAUCUCCAUGGAUGACUUCCGCGGCUCUUUGGGGAAACCACUGCUGGCGAGGGCCAGAGACAUCUUCUUGAGGAACCACACUCUGGGAAGGACGUACCCAUCGAGGAAGAAAGGAUAACAAAAUUUUAUCACGAUAUAUCGUUUAUAUUUAAAAUGCGCUCAAACAGCGUGCAUUCUUUUAAGCUACCAAAGCAAAAUAAAGAAUGAGUCGUCA